GCGGUGGCCCGGGCCCGGCUGGGGGGCGGGGGGCGGGCCCAAAGCUCACGUGCUCGCCGCUCGCCUCUUAACCCGGCCCUGCGGCCCCGCCGGGAUGGCCACAGACAGAGCUCGCUGAGCCCCGCGCCACCCACCAGCGACCCCCGCCCGGCCCGCACGCCAGGCCCUCUCGCCGCCGGCGCUGCCCGCCCCCGCCCUCCUGCCUCCCUCUUUUCCUCCCUCCCUCCCUCCCCGCGCCGCUCGCAGCCGCAGCCCCCGGACCCGGAGGAUUAUGAGCGAACCAUGAAGCGGCUGCGGCGCUGGGCGAUCGCGGCUCUCCUGCUGCUGCCGCUGCUGCCCCCGCCCGGUCUUGGGGCCCUGGGUCCCAGUGGAGCUCUGCAUUGGAGGAGCUCAGCCCAGGUGGGGAGCCCAGAGAGGCCAGAGGGCCCCGAGGUCACAGAGCCCAGUCGGCUGGUAAGGGAGAGCACCGGGGGAGAGGUCCGAAAGCAGCAAGUGGACACCAGGGUCCGCCAGGAUCCUCCCAGGGGGACGCCCGUGCACCUGGCCCAGGUGAGUUUCGUCAUCCCAGCCUUCGACUCCGACUUCACCCUGGACCUGGAGCUAAACCACCACCUCCUGUCCUCACAGUAUGUGGAACGCCACUUCAGCCGGGAGGGGACAACUCAACACAGCACUGGGGCUGGAGACCACUGCUACUACCAUGGGAAACUCCGAGGCAACCCAAGUUCCUUCGCUGCUCUCUCCACCUGCCAGGGGCUGCAUGGGGUCUUCUCUGAUGGAAACCUGACUUACAUCAUAGAGCCCAAGGAGAUGGCUGGGCCAUGGGGACCCCCACAGGGACCCCUUCCCCACCUCAUUUACCGGACCCCUCUCCUCCCAGCCCCCCUCGGAUGCAGGGAACCAGGCUGCCUGUUUGCUGUCCCUGGCCAGUCUGAUCCUCCCACCUGGCCCAGGCUGAGAAGGAAAAGGCAGGUCCGCAGGGGCCACCCCACGGUGCACAGCGAGACCAAGUAUGUAGAGCUGAUUGUCAUCAACGACCACCAGCUGUUCGAGCAGAUGCGGCAGUCGGUGGUCCUCACCAGCAACUUUGCCAAGUCUGUGGUGAAUCUGGCGGAUGUGAUAUACAAGGAGCAGCUCAACACAAGAAUUGUGCUGGUUGCCAUGGAAACAUGGGCAGAUGGAGACAAGAUCCAGGUGCAGGAUGACCUACUGGAGACCCUGGCCCGGCUUAUGGUCUACCGGCGGGAGGGUCUACCUGAGCCCAGUGAUGCCACCCACCUCUUCUCGGGUAGAACCUUCCAGAGCACCAGCAGUGGGGCAGCCUACGUGGGGGGCAUCUGCUCGCUGUCCCGGGGUGGAGGAGUGAACGAGUACGGCAACAUGGGCGCUAUGGCAGUGACCCUGGCCCAGACGCUAGGGCAGAACUUGGGCAUGAUGUGGAAUAAACACCGGAGCUCGGCAGGGGACUGCAAAUGUCCAGACAUCUGGCUGGGCUGCAUCAUGGAAGACACUGGGUUCUACUUGCCCCGCAAGUUCUCGCGCUGCAGCAUCGACGAAUACAAUCAGUUUCUGCAGGAGGGAGGCGGGAGCUGCCUGUUCAACAAGCCCCUCAAGCUCCUGGACCCUCCCGAGUGUGGGAACGGCUUCGUGGAGGCGGGGGAGGAAUGCGACUGUGGUUCGGUGCAGGAGUGCAGCCGGGCGGGUGGCAACUGCUGCAAGAAGUGCACCCUGACUCACGACGCCAUGUGCAGCGAUGGGCUCUGCUGUCGCCGCUGCAAGUACGAGCCACGAGGUGUCUCCUGCCGAGAAGCGGUGAAUGAGUGUGACAUCGCAGAGACCUGCACCGGCGACUCAAGCCAGUGUCCCCCUAACCUCCACAAGCUGGAUGGUUACUACUGUGAUCAUGAACAGGGCCGUUGCUAUGGAGGCCGCUGUAAAACCCGGGACCGGCAGUGCCAAGCCCUUUGGGGCCAUUCGGCUGCAGAUCGUUUCUGCUAUGAGAAGCUGAACGUGGAGGGGACAGAGCGUGGGAACUGUGGGCGCAAGGGAUCCGGCUGGGUCCAGUGCAAUAAGCAGGAUGUGCUCUGUGGCUUCCUUCUCUGCGUCAACAUCUCUGGAGCUCCUCGGCUAGGGGACCUGGGGGGAGACAUCAGCAGCGUCACCUUCUACCACCAGGGCAAGGAGCUGGACUGCAGGGGCGGUCACGUACAGUUAGCCGAUGGCUCAGACCUGAGCUACGUAGAGGACGGCACAGCCUGCGGGCCCAACAUGCUGUGCCUUGAUCAUCGCUGCCUGCCAGCCUCUGCCUUCAACUUCAGCACCUGCCCGGGCAGCGGGGACCGGCGCAUCUGCUCCCACCAUGGGGUUUGCAGCAACGAAGGGAAGUGCAUUUGUCAGGCAGACUGGACGGGCAAAGACUGCAGCAUCCACAACCCCCUGCCCACAUCCCCUCCAACCGGGGAGACCGAGAGAUAUAAAGAAACAUCCGUCGCGGAAGGUCCGGAGGGGCCUAAGUGCCACCCUGCUCCCUCCGAGCCUGGCACCCACCGUCUCGGCCCUGAACCACGAGGCUGCCUCCACCCUGCCACAGAGGGAGGCACCAUGCAAAAAUGUCUUCCGGGUCCAAACCCUUCAACUCCUGGCUGCACAGGGGUUGAGGGUUGGGACAGUGGCCCCAUCUUUCAGACCACCCGGGGGGGAGGGGCCUGGAGGAGGGCACUUCCUGCCCAGUUCCCCACCCCACCUCAUGCGGCUUUGGCCUUGCCCAGGUCUCCCCCUGUGAAUGUAGCGUCCAUCGUCACAGACCGCCACAGCUCAGGGUGGGGCCUGGAGCCGUGCCUGGUGGGGCCAAGUAGCCACCAGUGGACACAGCUGGGUGGCCCCUCUUCAAAAGCGGGCAGCUGGAACCAGGGUGGUAGCUCUCUGGGACCUCAAGGGAAGGAGCUGAUCUACACUUUUUUCUCUUUCUUUUCUCUUUUUUUCCCCAAUGGAUUUUAUCUGAUGAAUGUAACCUUGGGGUUGCUGGGGCCAGGGGCAGUUUGUAGGGAUGUUCUGACACUUACAGGAGGGCCUGGAAGGCCUGAGGCCUUGCGACCUCCCAGCUCCCUCUCUGGGAGGCCCACACUGGAACCCAGCAGGGGCUGAGCAGCCCUGUGUGCCCCGCCUCCACCCAGCUUAGAAGUCAGAGUGCUGAUUCAAACCAAAGCUGCCUGUUCUGUGCCCACUGCCUAGUUCAUGGGUGCCGGGGCCCUCUGUCCCGGACUGUCUUUGAUUCCAAACCAACCGUCCCUGCCAGGGUGCAUGCAUUUGGGGGUAUAGAAAAUAUAGUCCCUAAAAUAAAAUGGCACCUUUCCCCUUUCAAGAAGGGUGAUUCUGGGGCUGUCUCAGGGUUCAAGUGCCCCCUGAUGUGGCUGGCUGUUCCAGAGCAGGCUAGCUCCCACAGAGGACUUGGGGAGACCUGGUGCCCCCAGGGUCGGUGCCUGUGAUAGAGAAGAGACACCAGGAAAGGGCAGGCCUCAAGGUUGACUACAGGCUGUUAGGGAAGUCUUCACAGUCCCCUGCUCAAAGCCUUUACUCACAGGCUGAGUAGUAAGUUUACAGAAGUUCUGCUGUCUGUCCUCGUCUGGUCAGGGUGCAGCCCAGCCCGAGAGCUAGGCCAAGGCUGGCAGAAGUGCUCAGCCCUCCCACGCAGUCUGUUGUGGCCUGCCUUCAGGACCCCAUGUGGGACGGAUGAGCUCUGGCCUCUUGCCCUUAAAGCCAGCUGGACAGGCAGGACGGAGCAGGCUCCCUUACGGAUGAAAGCCACAAAUGAAAGGAAGCCCCCUUCUUGGGGACACCCCACUCAGGCUAAGUAGUGGCUCUGGAUACCCCAGGGCCAGAGAGUUGCCCGUUUGUGUUCACCCUGUUUCUGAGGCCUCUUUGAGGAAGGCUCAUGGAAAACAAAGCAAACAAAAAAGGCUUCAUUUCUCUAGACCGCCCCGGCGGCACCCUGGAGCCUAGGACCCGUUGGUAGCCUUUGGGAUGGCCAGAUGGUGUCGGUUACAGUGGGGUCCUCAGCACUGAGCCCCAGCUGGCACUGUCCUGGGACAACAAGACAGACGGAGGCCACCAGCCCCACUAGGGAAAAGGCUGGAUUUUGCAUUGUUGCUAGAAUGCCUUGUGACCUCCGUUAGGUGACACACCUGCACACAGAUGGCAGUGCACCUGGGCACAGGCAUGUGGAUCUACACCCCUGUACCACUGUGAAGGCCUCUGCAUACAAGGGCAUGACCACAUGUGUCUGUGUGUCCUUGGUGGGGACAUGAAGAACACAAGAUUCCCGUGAUCUGUCCCACCCCAGCAGUGCCUGGCCUGGCAGCACCCAGGAGGAAAUGGGGGGAGGGGGGGCUGCAUUCACCUGGCCUGGACCUGGGUUCCUACACAUCCUGUAAAUAUGUCAUCUGGGCUGGGGUGGGGAGACAGGGCCAGGGGCCCACAUUAAAGAUCACAUUCUGGGCUUCCGUGGAGCUCA